AUCUCUCCUGCUGAGGUCUAGAGUUGCAUUGCUGUGAUUAUUGGUGGUAGCAGUGUGCGUGUCUGGGGAUCUGUGUUUAGCUUCUUCGUUUCUUAAACAGCACAGGGGCAGCAGCCAGGCAAGUUGGCAGCUUUGCUUUCUGGCUGCAUUGUCUGCUGCUAGAAAGAGGGAUUGUGAGUGGGGAGCAGCAUGGCAGAACAAGAAGCCAGUGGCUUGCAAGUCCUUCUUUCCACCCUCCAGAGCUCCUGUGACAAGGAUGUUAUGCUGAAUAUUCUCAGCGUCCUCACUGACCUGCUCUCUCUGGGGACCGGACGGAGAAUUCAGUACAUGAUCAGCAAAGGGGGCAGUGAGGCCCUGCUGCAGGCCCUCAUCUCUGCUGCCCGCUCCGAGCCCCCCGACCACAGCAUUCUCCUGCCCCUGCUUCGCCUCCUGGCCAGGGUUGGCCAACGAGAUAGGAAGUUUGGGCUAAAAGUACAGAAGGCAGAAGCAACUGAAGUAAUCCUGAGCUUGACAAGACAAAACAUGGGCCACCACCUGAACCUCACCCACUGCCUCUGGGUCCUGCGGGUUUGUGCUUCUAAUGUUACUGCAGGAACCACGCUUGGCAUCAAUGGAGCUAUGGAGCUGCUUUUCAAAGUCAUCACCCCCUACAGCAAGCGACACAUCAGGACAGUCAGGGCAGCCAUUGAGGCUCUGGCAGCUUUGCUGAAAUCAAAAUCUAACAGCCGACGGGCAGUGAACAGAGGCUACCUGGGUGGAUUGCUGAGACUCUAUCAAGACUGGCAUCAAAAUGACAUCUCCAACAACUACAUCUAUAUUCGUAGGGGUCUCCUGCUCUGCCUAAAGCACAUCACCAAUAUCCAGCUGGGCAGGGAGACUUUCCUUGGUUCCCGAGGUAUGGAGAUUCUCUUCAGGAGUGUGCAGGACUGUUUAUCUUGCAAAAAUCUGGAUCCUAUCGUAACCACUGUGACUCAGAUUCUAAGAAAGUGCUACCCCAAGGAGCCUCUGCCUGUGGUGUCAGUAAGAAGUUCCUAUUCCUUCCCUCUUCCUGGGAAUGUCAAGACUGAACCUCCAUGUGUGGGAUUUGAAGAUGACUAUGAAAGUGAUGGAGAGGAAGAGGUAGAAAAAGAUCUGGAUAAAGGCGACGUGGAGAGUGCGGAGGAAGAUUAUGACUUGGAGACAGAUGUUAACAAAUUGAGAUCAAGGCCAGUACUUGACCGGCCAGAAGAAGAGCUUGGACAAUACGAAGCAAUGUGCCUAGAGCUUUUCCAUACUUUCCAGGAGCUUGAAUCAGAGUCUGAAGAAAACAAGAGCUUGGAGGACAGGACUGAAAAUUUUCCCUCCACUCCCUCUCAUUUAAUUCCAAGUGACAAUUCUGUGAAACAUCCAAACUACAGAUGGAGGAACCAAAGCGCCACAGAGGCAGGACCAGAUCCAGGAGAGAAGAAUUUCAAAGUUCCACUGCAGAGCUGGACAAAGAAAGAGAAAUGCAAAUGCGAUAUAAUUGAUGAAGAGAGAGACGUUAUAGAAACAGUCCAAAAUACAGACUCCUGUGAAAAGGAAAAUCCAGCCAAGACUCAUGUGUUUACUCUGCGUCCCCUCCCAAAAGAGACUGCUUGGUACAAAAAAACAUUUAACCCUGAAUGUGAGGCUUCAGCUGAUCCUAGUUCUGGAGAGAGACGGGAGACCUCAGACAUAGUGACAAACGUUCUGGAGGAGCACCGAGGGAACAUCCCAUUCCAUAACCCUCACUUCUAUGUAGCCAGGGCAAAACGUAUCAAGUCCAUACCAGCCUACAAAGACUUGGCAUUCCCUGAUUUCUGGGGUCACCAGCCACCGCCUUAUGGCAAGCCAAUGUUGGAGCGGCAGUAUGGGGUUCAAAGGGACAAGGUACUGGAUGAUGUUCGCCGCUUAAUCCAGCCAUGUGAUGUGAUAGGCAGAACUGUUUAUGAUCUAGAUGAGCCCAGUCACUCAAGCCCAGGCACUCCAGGCUGUCUGACAUUCUUCUCCAAGUUUGAAUCAGGAAACCUUCGCAAAGCCAUCCAAGUGCGUGAGUUUGAGUAUGACUUAAUUAUGAAUGCAGAUGUGAACAGUAACCAGCAUCACCAGUGGUUCUACUUUGAAGUCCGUGACAUGAAAUUAGCAGUUCCCUAUCGCUUCAACAUUAUCAACUGUGAGAAGUUCAACAGCCAGUUUAAUUAUGGAAUGCAGCUCGUUAUGUAUUCUGUGAAGGAAGCUCUCCUGGGCAGGCCUCACUGGCUUCGAGCAGGCCAUGAUAUCAGCUACUACAAAAACCACUACCGCUGCAGUGCAGCUGCAGGAGGAGGCAUGAGAGGAAAAUAUUACUACACACUCACCUUCAGCAUCAAGUUCCCUCACAAAGAUGAUGUCUGCUACCUGGCCUACCAUUACCCCUACACCUACUCCACAAUGAUGGCCCAUCUUGACAUUCUGGAACAAAAUAGGAACCCCAAGAAGGUCUACUGGAGGAAGCAGACGCUGUGCCAGACACUAGGAGGAAAUCCAUGCCCAUUGCUCACAAUCACUGCCAUGCCAGAAUCUAAAAGAAGCGAUGACUUGGAACAGUUCUACAAUCGUCCGUAUGUCUUUCUAAUGGCCCGCGUUCACCCUGGAGAAAGCAAUGCCAGCUGGGUUAUGAAAGGGACCCUAGAAUUCCUUGUGAGCAGUGAUCCCAUUGCUGAUCUCCUAAGGAAAUGUUUCAUUUUCAAGAUUGUCCCCAUGCUCAAUCCUGAUGGAGUCAUCAAUGGCAACCAUCGUUGUUCCUUGAGCGGGGAUGAUCUGAACAGACAGUGGUUGAAGCCCAAUUCCCAGCUUCAUCCAACUAUUUACCACACCAAAGGUCUUCUGUACUAUCUGCGCAGUAUUGGCCGGGCUCCUCUGGUAUUCUGUGACUACCAUGGCCACUCCCAGAAAAAGAAUGUGUUUCUCUAUGGUUGCAGUAUCAAGGAGACCUUAUGGCAAGCAGGCUGCACAGUUGACACAGCAGUUAUCACAGAAGAUGUUGGCUACAGGACUCUUCCUAAAAUCCUGGAUAAAGUGGCCCCCGCCUUUGUCAUGAACAGCUGCAGCUUCCUGGUAGAGAAGUCCCGGGAAUCAACAGCGCGGGUCGUGGUGUGGCAGGAAAUGGGCGUGUUGAGGAGCUACACCAUGGAGAGCACAUAUUGCGGCUGUAGCCACGGUCUCUACAAAGGCCUGCAGCUGGGAACUCAAGAGUUGGAGGAGAUGGGAAGCAAGUUUUGCCUUGCUCUGCUCAUUCUGCAUCUCAAAUCCUUGCCCUGCAGCAAGAAGGUGAUGGACCAGGCAGCGCUCCUGCUAGAUCUGGAUGAGGAGAUAACAGACCGAGCACAAAGAAGCUGCAGCAACAGCAGCCUGGAGACUGAUGAUGAACCUCCUUGUGUGGAAGAAAUCGAUUAUAAUACUGACAGUUGUUCUGAUGGUGAAGGGGACUUCUCGGAGCUAGACCAAGAGAUCCAGGAGUGCCUCUCGUGUGUGGAAGGAGCGGCAGAAGAUGAGGGAGAGACCACAGGACAGACAUGCAGCUCCAAGGCUCUCAGAGGGCUUUACAUUUCCAGCCAGCCAGCAUCCAACAGUACGGCUCUCCCUCUGCGUUCAACACCGCUCGGGGUGUACAGUGGGUUUGAAGGGAGCCCUGCGUAAGCAAGGCUUUGACUUGCAGAGCAGUAAGCAAAUGGGCUACUGCUUAUAUUCACCUGCUUGCCAGCUUCAGCACCCUUCCCAGAUGCAUUGCUCUGGUUCCGCAUGGAAAACUGACGGUGUGUUUGUGGAAUUUGUACACAUAUAUAUACCGAGAACAGCUCCUUGCACUUUGUACACAAGGCAGAGUACAACGUGAGAACAUCAUCCAUUCCCAAACAGAAUCCCCACUUCCAUGGCUGCCUCUAGUAUGCGGAGUCAUAUAGAGUGACCCAAGGAAUGGUAUUCUGAGUGUCCAAAGAACAAGACACUGCGUCCCGUUUCCUGGUUUAGGUUCUUAUUAUGGCAGCAGCCUUUGCCCACAAAUCCUGGAACAGUGACAGUUUCUGAGGCCUUUGGCCAGAGCUCUCCAUUACCAUUAGUUUCUCCAGAACUGUAGAGCACGUAUCUGAUCUCUGAUCAGAAUUUUGACAGUGUUUUUAAUGGGUUGGGUCAGGGUGUGCAUGCUUCUGAGCUGUUCAUAUCUCAGCAACAGUGUGCAGAAUCCAACAUGCCACAGUAAGGAAAGCACUGCUGACAGUAGGGGGCAGGUCCCUGGAAACCUGGGCUAAAUUCACCUCUUUGCUGCACUGGAAUGAACUAGUCCAGCACAAUCUCAUUCGAGUCACUUCAUGCUUGAACUGAUGGGCCCAAGUGCAGAAUUUGUUUCACAGAUGCAAUGAAAUUAUACUUUCUUUGUGAGACAUCCUUCCAGCAGGAUGUGCUGAGAGAGUACAGAUACAGCAGUUCAUCCUGGGGAACUAUGUAAAGAUGCUGUUGGGAGUGACAGGAGUUGGAAGCAUUGCAAGGAGGAAAAGAUGUUCUCUUGAUUUAGCUGGGGUCCCACAAUAUUGUGCUAAUGGAUUAGUGAUGGUGGAAAUAUCUGAAGUGAAUUUAGCCCAAGAAGCAGUCCAGUGACUAAUUAUUCUUUUUUAGUUUUUUUAUGAUACCGCUAAGGAAACCUAGUUCAUGGAACAGGACCUCAUUGUUCCAGAUAGCAAUAUAAGAGAAGAUACUAAUUGUGGGUUAUUCAUAGGACACGGCGUGCUGGUGAUUCCCGUAACAAAGUCAGAACAGCUUCUCCUUUGAUCCACAAAUGGAAAAAAAAAAAAAAAAAAAAAAAAAAAAAAGAUUAAAGAUUUCUCAUAAAAUUGUCUGCAAAAAACAUCCCCUGAUUCUAUAAAGUGCUGUCUACAGUGCUGUCUGUGUUACAGAUAACACAGGAAUGUCUUUGCAAGCCUUAAUCCACUGGCAUUAGAGUUCACUGUGUCUCCACGCAGAUGUCCAAAGCAAUGGAGAUGUGGCUUUGUGAACUUCAACACAGUCCAAGAACCCAAACGUGUGCCUGAAGUCCCUAAAGCCUGAAGCCUGUAUAACCACACUGCACUCCUCAUAUUGCCUGUACUUAUCAUGUGUCUUAGACUCUGCUGCUGCAAACGGAGAAUUGUCUUGAACCCAGAUGGUUCAAGUGUGCUGUGCAAGAGGCUCCCAUCUCUGUCACUGCAUCCUUUAUGAGGCUCAAGGAGAAGGAUGAAUGUAUAGUGACUUGUACCAUUACAGACUAUAAGGCCUCCACUGCUGGUGAUUACUGUUAUUAUUAUUGAUGUGUGAUUAAAAGCACUAUGACAUCCUCUCCUCUUUAUGGUGUUUGUAGAGAGAAUUACUGGAGCAGACUGAUUUUUUUUUUUUUUUUUCUUUUUUAAUUUUCUGGUGCAUUUGUGAACACCUUUCCCCAGACUAUGUGGACAUACACUUCCAUCAGGAGACUGCUCUUUGGAGAAACUGCUUCUUCCUAUCCUGCUGGGGUUUCAGUAUCCAGGUGUUUGAAAGUCUUCACCGCCAUAUCACAGUUCUCUCUGUCUCUAGCUCUCUCUUUAUGACACCGCUCAAAAGACAGUCAGCUUGGGUCCUCAGAAGCUGAGCUUCUUAGACGGAGCUAAUUCAUUAGGUAUGGUGUGUGUUCUCUGUUCAGACGUCAUGUUCUGCUUGCUUUAGUGUGCAGCUUGUUGCACACAAUACUGAAUCUUCAUAAAAGGAUGGCUCACAGGAAUGGGCAUCAAAGAGGUAAAACAGGUGCUCCCAUUAUAAUAGUCCGUAUAACAUUGCUUAAAAGCUUAUUAUUGAAAAAUGCUAUAUGUGCAUAGGUGACUUCAAAAUCCAAGAUUCAUAUGCAUGACAAAACACUCACACUGUGCUGGAUCCAGUCUGCAGUCCGUGUUGUAAGAUCUCCAGCAUGCAGCAUUACCCUGGGACACAGGGCAAAAAUCUACCACUAUGUCUGUAGAUGUGCCUGUAUGCAUCCAGAGCCUCUCUUCACGCUGUGUUCUAUAUCAACACCCUCCAAUCUUAUUGGAAAGGAAAAUAAGUCUUCUUAGAGCAGCAUAUUUCUUAAUGAGGCACCAAUAUUUUAGCUAUAAAUACUACAGGCCAGCCUCAGCCUUCUAGCUGUUUCCUUCUGAACUUGUUACGCUAGGGAGAACUCUGUUCAGUGGGCAAACCCUGCCAUAGUUGUGAUUCAUUCAAUCUACAGAUGGUGGCAGAGUAGUCCAAAUAUAAUAAAAGGGGAGAUGUCACCUCCAUGCAUGUUUGGAGCCAAAUGUAUAGUGCUGUUACACAAAUCUAUGUGCUCGGAACUGCAGGAGGAAAAAAAGAGAGAUGGCAAAGGCCCUUGGUGUGCUGUCAGCAUCCGGGAUCUGAGUGCAGCAGGGGAGCAAAACCUGGGCAGAGCCACCACUCCUGCACAGAUGCUGCUGUGCGGUAUGAAAUAUCCAGCCAAGGCUUCUUCCUGACAACUUCUGUGUUUGUGCCAAACAACCUGUCCGCACGGGGUGGCGAUGGGCAAGUGAACCCCCCAAACCCAAGGGUACCCAGCCUUCGACUGAGAAGGUGGGAGCAGAGGAAGUGCAGAGGGAGGUUUGGCUGACCAACCAGUAGGGAACGGCACCUGGAAACCUCCAGAAGAAGCAGUUUUGUGGGCUGGCUCAUUCUUCCAAGAGCUUUUAUGGGGAGCAGAUACUCUUCUUCUUUUGACAGACCUCUAGAGGUCAGGAGAGGGCCUCCACCGCGCACCGCUCUCUCCCCGUUAUUAAAAUUCUCCCUGAGUCAUGGUAAUUAAGCAGAACUAGGCUCUGCACAGAGGAACGGAAGUGCAUUGACUUUAAUAAAACAGAGUGUAAAACAA